AUGAAGCCAAAGGAAACUUUUGAUGAUGGAGUAACUACUUUAAUGUUAAAAUUUGAUUUCGGAAUGGCAGCUUUGCCGCGUAGGAUUAUAAAGGAAACGCAGAGAUUGAUGCAAGAGCCAGUGCCCGGUAUCAGUGCGGUACCGGAUGAUAGCAAUGCAAGAUAUUUUCAUGUCAUUGUUACGGGACCUAGAGAUUCACCGUUCGAAGGGGGUCUUUUUAAAUUAGAGCUUUUUCUACCGGAAGACUACCCAAUGUCUGCACCGAAAGUACGUUUUAUCACUAAAAUAUAUCAUCCGAAUAUUGAUAGACUGGGAAGAAUAUGCUUAGAUAUAUUGAAAGAUAAAUGGAGCCCAGCACUUCAAAUCCGUACAGUACUUCUUUCAAUUCAAGCAUUGUUGAGUGCUCCAAAUCCCGACGAUCCUCUUGCAAACGAUGUAGCUGAAUUAUGGAAGGUCAACGAAAGUGAAGCAAUACGUAACGCGAAAGAAUGGACUCGAAGAUACGCAAUGGAUAAUUGA